ACUUCCUCUUGUGCAGCAGCCAUUUUGUCUUUCCGUUGCUGCUGCUGCCCGAGCUUCUCCCUCCCUCCCGCCGCUGCUGGCCGCGAAACUCCAGUUCCCCCUCAGGCCCGGCUCCCGCCGCCUGUCCGUCCCCCUCCCCCUCGCUGCGCCCGGCGGCGGCCGGCACCCGCCCCGCCACACGCGGAUCCCCGCGGCCCCCCGGCACCCCUCUCCCGGGGCCCACCGCACACGGCCGGCCCCGGGAGCGGGAGCCCGGCCCCGCGCGCCCUCGUCUCGCCAUGUCCAGCGAGGAGAGCUACCUGGCCAUCCUCCGCUACCUCACCAACGAGCGGGAACCCUACGCGCCGGGCACGGAGGGCAACGCCAAGCGGAAGAUCCGCAAAGCGGCCGCCUGCUACGUGGUGCGCGGCGGGACCCUCUACUACCAGCGGCGGCAGCGGGACCAGCAGCGCUUCGCCGAGCUCGAGGUGGUGCUGCAGGCCGAGCGCCGCGCCCGCCUCAUCCGCGCCGCCCACCUGGCGCCCGACGGCGCGCACCGCACCCGCCUGCAGACCUGGCAGGGGCUCUCUCAGAAAUACUGGUGGCGAGGUAUUCUUAAGCAGGUUAAAGAUUACAUUAAAGAAUGCAGCAAGUGCCAGGAAAAGCUAGAUCGUUCUCGAUCUCUGUCAGAUCCUUCAGAAAUGCUGGAAGAGCUUGGACUGGAUGUAAAAUCUCAUGAAGACAGUAAUGAAACAGAUGAUGAAGUGAGUAAUGCGGCAUCAAUCCCAGCUGCAUCCCCAAAGCCUGUGAAGAAGAAGCCAAUAGCAAAACAUGAGCUUGUGUUCGUUGACAGUAAGGGCCUUGUGAAGCAGUCAUCUUCCAAACAUUGUCUGUCAGUCUUAAACCAACUGAAUCAGCAGAGGCUUUCCAAUCAGUUCUGUGAUGUGACUCUGCUGAUUGAAGGAGAGGAGUACAAAGCUCACAAAUCUGUCUUGGCAGCCAACAGCGAGUACUUCCGAGAGCUCUUCAUUGAGAAGGGAGCUGUCACUAGUCAUGAAGCUGUAGUGGAUCUGUCAGGGUUUUGCAAGUCAAGUUUCCUUCCACUGUUGGAAUUUGCUUAUACUUCAGAACUAACUUUUGACUUCUGUAGUAUGGCAGAACUGGCCAUGCUUGCCCGGCAUCUCCUCAUGUCAGAGGUUCUUGAAAUCUGUGAGAAUGUGCACAAACAAAUGGAAGAGAAACAGAUUACAGUGUACCAAAAGGGAGAUAUUCAAACAGUAGAAUCAACGCGAAAUCUAGCAGAGCAAACUGCAGUUCAGAUGCCUCCUGUGGACGGUGCUGAGCAACCUCUGCCAGUAGAGCUGACGGCCAGUGAAGUGACAGCAACUGUGAAUGGAGCUCCUUCCUCUCUUGAGCCAGAGGAGAAAGGAGAACCCCAGCCUGGCAUCCUGCCCCCAGGGCCUGUGGAGGCCUCUGCUGAUGAUCUUCCAAAGCCUGUGGAGCAGUCUGAAGCAAUUGAAAAUGGUGUCAAAACGGUAGAGAGCAUUUCAAAUAGCCCCACGUCUGCCAGGCAGCCUGAGCCAUCGGUUGUGGAAGCCAUGAAUACAGAAAGUCCAUUGGAAAAGGAGACAGAUGAAAACGAAAACUGUAAAGUAAGUGCAGAGACUAUUUCUGAAGACUCCUCAGAAAUGCUCAAGGAAAAGCAUGGCAGGCAAAGUAGAGAACAGAGCCUUUCAGCUUCGCCACCGGAAAGCUUGGCUUCCAGCCAGGAUGACACUUACAAGAGUAAGCUUCGGCAGCGGUCUGUUAGUGAAGGUGGAUACAUCAGAUUGCAUAAAGGAAUCGAGAAGAAACUGCAGAACAGAAAGACAAAUCCUAAAUCUGCAAUACAGCAGGUUGCCAUGAAGCUGGUUCAGAGAGGGAAAAAAAUGAAACAGCCCAAAAGAGAGACCACAGAAAACAAUGAAGUAGAAGCUCAGCACAAAUGCACUGAGUGUGGAAUGGUGUUCCAGCGACGCUAUGCACUUAUCAUGCACACACUGAAACAUGAAAGGUCUAAAGACUACAAGUGCCCAUUGUGUAAAAAAGAAUUCCAGUAUGGUGCCUCCCUGCGAGCCCAUCUUGUCCGACAUACACGCAAGACUGAGGUGAAUGCUGCAGCCGAUGGUGUAGAAGAGACAGGCGUGUCCUCAGUGAAAGGAAGAACUAAACGGGAGUUCAUAUGUGAUAUAUGUGGGAGAACUCUCCCUAAGCUCUAUUCUCUCAGGAUACAUAUGCUCAAACAUACUGGUGUAAAACCACAUGCUUGCAAGGUUUGUGGAAAGACCUUUACAUAUAAGCAUGGAUUAAAAAUGCACUUAGCUCUUCAUGAAGUACAGAAACAGUUCAAGUGUGAUUUGUGUGAGAAGUCCUUUGUCACAAAAAGAAGUCUUCAGGAACACAUGAGCAUUCACACUGGAGAAUCCAAGUAUCUUUGCACCAUCUGUGGAAAAUCUUUCCAUAGGGCAUCGGGACUCAGUAAACACAUAAAGAAACACCAGCCAAAGCCUGAAGUUCGUGGCUAUCAGUGUACUCAGUGUGAGAAGAGUUUCUAUGAAGCUAGGGAUCUCCGUCAGCAUAUGAAUAAGCAUUUAGAUGUGAAGCCAUUUCAGUGCCAGUUCUGUGGAAAGUGUUACAGUUGGAAGAAAGAUUGGUAUUCGCAUGUAAAGUCUCACUCUGUCACAGACCCUUAUAGGUGUAAUGUAUGCGGUAAAGAGUUUUAUGAGAAGGCUUUGUACAGAAGACAUGUGAAGAAAGCCACGCAUGGGAAGAAAGGAAGAGCAAAACAAAACUUGGAACGAGUCUGUGAGCAUUGUGGAAGAAAAUUCACGCAGCUCCGGGAAUAUAGGAGGCACAUGAACAAUCAUCAAGCAAUGAGCAAGAGCCACGCUCAUGGGAACCUGCACCAGCAGAAGAGCCUCAGUGUGUUUCAUAGCUGCUAUGACUGCAUCACGGCUCGGAGAACAGGAAGAUGUUGCCCAUGCAGCCCAUCUUUCAUUGCCCAAGCUACUGCUAAACAAGCACUUAAGAUACGCUUUAUUUUUUUCUUACCUAAGAUGUGCUAGCUUCGUUAUUACUCUUCAUGCUGUACUGCUCUAUUUUGUGCCUGCAACACCAGCGUGUAGUUUUGUUUAUGAAUAUCAAAAGCUACCAUGUUUUUUACACACAAGGAAAGGCCGAGUUACCAUUUUAUAACCACCUACCAAGCAUCAGCGAACACUUCAAACAUAAUGAUUACAAAUUAGGGAAAGCUAGGGGAAAAAAAAGGAGAACUGUAUUUUUAUUAUGACUUGCAUUGCCUUAGAUGAAUAUAUUUGUAUUUCAAGGAAAGUAUUAACGUAGGCUCGUGACUUGAAGUUUCAGCAGAACUCUCACUACAGAACCACAAAUGUUUGAUCUGUGCAUCUGUUUCACUAUGAAACCCAAGCAAAGAGCCAAAUCUAAGAAGGAGGUCAAAGAUGAGCAAAGGUUUUUAAGAUCUCCCUGUACGCAACCUCAUCAGGCAGUUUAUAUUCUAGUUGCUAGCUGUGGCAGUCACUGCCACCCUUACCUACUCUACCUCCCCUGAUGGGUAGCUGGCACAUAUCUACUUAUACUGCAGAAGGAACGCACUCUAGAUUUUAAGGGUUUACUUGGUGCCCAAAUCCCCCGCUGGGCUCCUAUGGCUCAUAACUUCGAAAUGGAACUUCACAGACAUUUAACAAGUUAUACACAAGGUAAAAAUGUAACAGCUCAUGCUUCUAAUUGUACUGACAUCCAUACCUCUACCCCGAGGCAGUGGCUCCAAGUUAUUUACCAAGUAGCUUUCCGAAGUAAACACAGUGUAGUUUUUAAAAUGUAAAUAUGUAUCAGAGUUAAAGAACAGUGUCUGAUUCCUCUGUUCGGUGGUAAAAGUUUCUGAGCUUCUCCACAACGAAAGUUUUGUUAAAACCACUCCCAGCAUACAGAACUCAGCACAGCCCUAUUAGUUCUGACAAGGAGGUGCCCUAUGAAUCAGAAGCCUAGCAGAGACAAAGUGCAACAGGCCUGAAUGCAACUGUGGCUACUGCCAGGGUGAGGACGCCAUGACAUAACAUCUGCUUUUGUCAAAGCUGUGUGAGUGCCGUAGUUCAGUAAUCUACUACAAGGAAGGAAACCCACUAAGUUAAAAGAGCAUCAUCUGUUACCUUCCAGACAGGCAGCUUGGUACUUCCUUCUGCUGAUUAAAUGCAGGCUCUUUGAAUCUGGACAGUACACUUCUUAUGCUUUUAAAGGAAUGAAAUCGGGAGUGAGGGGCUGCACCAGCAACGCUUCAAACUGCUGCCAGUAGCUGCCUACAUUCGUUAUCUUUUGUAUAAUCAGCAUUAAAUGAGCUUGGAUACACCAACAACCCAGCCACAAAGCAGGUUCAAAUGCAGUCCAGGCAUGGAAAAGGUUACUGGAUAAUUACUUCUGCCUUCACCUUAUGUCUUAAAUGUUUUACAAGCUUCUCAGGUGCUAAGUAAAGCUUUACUGCUAAGCAAGCAUAAGCCUUCUGAGUUAAAAGUGUAAGUUGUGUGGAUAACACAUUUCAACUACUGAUAGUCAAACACAUCCCCCUAUACCGGGCAGCUCAAGUCUCUGCAAAUGCCUUUGAAACACUUAAGACAGCUAAAUCAGGUAGUUCACCAUUAAUGUUAGAAUUCUUUAAUAUUCUUACCAAAAACCAAACAAUCCCUGAAAUACAGCUUUCCCCUUUAUUAUUACUAUAUUCAGACAAUGAAUAUUGCAAAGGAAGCCCAGAACUCCAAGCGAAGUUCCAGCUACCAUUCUCCUCAGCCAUACUUCUCAGAUCAGUUCUUCCUUGCAUCAGACAACAGACACCUUUGUCACUACAAGAUCAAGCUUGUCAGACAUUCAGUCCCAAGUGGAUUUAGGCAAUCCAGAUGUGAUUUUCUUCCACACGGCACUGAGAAGGAACUCGAACUUCAAGUGAGACAGGAUUCUCCGCUUACCUUCAAUUCAGAUCUAGAAGUUAUUGCAGUCUCUCACAAAGACUGCAAUUACAUUCACUGACCACGGAAGUAAAUCAGACAAAUAUGAAACCGCUAUCUGACUUCCAUGAAAGCCACAUCCUAGCAAGUCUGCUGCUCUGCCUACAAGUACCAGGAAACUGCUGAAAUCAAUACCUGCUUCAGCCAAAGAGGUGGAAGACGUGGUAGACAGCAGGGUUAAUUAAGAAGGAAUAGGUCUUGCUGUCACCCUCUUACUCCAAAUCCCCUUUCGCUUUCUCCUAAGACAAGAGACCAAGAAUGUAUCCAGUAACUGCUAAGAAGCAAGAUAAAACAGCCACUCACUAAUAAUACCUGCUGUCUUCAAGGAUUUCUUUUGGACAAAUACAACCAUAUGUAGUAAGUAAGUGAAAUGCAAACGCUUCAUUUUGCCUUGCCAAGCUCCAAUAACACCCAGGUUGGGUUAUUCGUUGUUGUUUCGUUUGUUUGUUUGAAAUAAACCAAAGAUUUCUGCUAUGGGAAAAAAAAUAAUGUAUACGUUUUUAUGUUACGUUUAUAACAAGGCUUUUAAAGAAAAUAGUUACAGGUAUUCAACUGCAUCAGACUUCAAAAGAAAAAAAGAUUACACGUACAAUACAAAAAUACAAAAAAUAGUUUUUUAGAACAUACAAACUCAAAAGUCUACGUGGUCAGAGCUUUCCUAAAAUGAAAUAAAAAAAUACAACCGAAGAUGCACUUUCCUUUCCGCGCUUGCAGGUUGAAAUUGAGCAUGAAGAAAGGCUUCUGAGAGAGGACGAAAGCGAUUAAUAUACCCAAUCAGUUCCAGGUUAAAAUGAAAGUAGCUGUUGACGCUACCGGGUAUCGGAGUCCAGAAAGAACCUUAAGUUUUCUCCAAGCUUUUUUGUUGUUGUUGCAGCUGUUACUUCGUUAUUUUGCCAAGCUACUGCAAGAGGCAGACAGACAGGAAGAGGACAAGUUUUAUUUCUACUUGAUACUACACGCAGUAGGACUGCAAUCCAGGAUUGUUUGAAACCAGAUAGCGUCCAUACAGGCAUCGAGGCAUCUUGUUUUACAUGGCAAGACAGGGAAAGUGCAUCUUAAGAUUUUUCAUACUUAAGCAGUGAGUUAUUGAUUUUUGGUGUGGCUUUUAUUCCUUCUAGGCAUAGUAAAGAAAAAUAUUUCGACCAAACGGGAAGCUUAACGUACAUUAUCUUGUCCUUUUGGCGGUGGCCUCUGUGUACCACUCGUUACUGCAUUUAAUAUUAGUCUCUAUUUAAUUCACAAGGAAAUGCUAACAAGCACUACUCAAGGCUAA